AUGGAAAACAGACCAGAGUUAUGUCUGGGUGACCCAGACAUGGACCUGGGAGGACCAGAGUGGAGCAGUGCAAGGCCAGGAGGCUGGAGUGGACUGGAGAUAGGGUGCCAAGGGUCUGGGGACAAGGAUCAAGACCAAGGAGUGUUCUGGGAACCUGAGGCCAGAGAAGCGACAACAAGGAGGGCUGGAGACCAGUCUAGGAGGCUGCCUGGUAGCUCAACAGGCUGGGACAAGGCAAAGCUGAGUCCAGAAGUGAUUAGACCAGCUGGACAGGGGUUUCUUGAGACAGCAGAAGCUGAAGCCAGUGUUUCAGGGGGCUGGAGUCACACCUUGGGGGUGGGUCAAGGCAACAAGGAGGCCAGGAGUGACCAAGCAAGGCUCAGGGGACUGGAGGUGUGCUUCAAAGCCAGUUCAGGGCAACAUGGAGGCCAAGAGGGUCCAGAGAGGUCCAGAGGUGACCAAAGGAUGGUCCAGGAGUGUACUGAUGUGCUCCUGAGUGAUACUGGAGUGGCACAAAGGCCAGGUGGGUGCCAGGAAGACUGGGGAACCAGUCUAGGAAUGCACUGGUUGGACUGGGAGUGCAUUGCAGGGGUACAGAGGGUCAUGAAAGUGCCAAGAAGGCUGGGACAGGUCCAAGGUCUGCUCCAGGGGGUCACAGGGUCUGAAAACAUGUAUCUACUGAAAAAGAGAAUAGAUAACAGAAAACUGAGAAAACAUGUAACAGGGGAACAGGAAACCAGAGCUAGAGGCAGGGGUCAAAGCCAAAGGCUAAGACUGAGGGUGGCCAGAACUGGGGGAAACAGCAAGACUGAAGACCAGUUAAGGGGACAGAAGGCUGGGAAGGCUGGGAACAAGUCUGAGGGUCAGAGAGGACCAGAGGGGCCAGCUGGAGACCAGUAUAAUGACAGGGCUGUAAGGCCAGAAAUGUCAAAGGGAGACUGGUAUGGGGUUGGGCAGGGCCAGAGCAACUGGCUGAAGGCUGGUCUGAAGAGGUUGGAGGGGUUUGGGGUGAUUAGAGGUGACCUGAGGUGCUAUCCAGCUGGUGGGCUGAUAACAGGAGGCCAAAACAGUGUAGGCUGGUGGGCUAACACUGAGACUGGGGUAACUAGGGGUAGCAAGAUGCAAUCAGAGGCCAGGAGUGGCAAGGCUGAGUGCCAAGGCUGGGAAUGGCCCAGGGGUGGGUGGUUUGGGGGUGCCUUGGGGUACAAGGUACAGGCCAGGACCAUCAAGAGGAGUACUGGAUGGGGUAGUAGGAGUCCUACCACUGGAGUUUGUCAAGACUGGUUCUGGGAAGCUUUUACAAGGCCAGGAAAAGCUUUAAAACCAGAGAUACAAGACCAGCAGGGCAGGGCAGGCUGGUACAGGGGUAGUAAGGAGUGUUGGAGUCAAAAGUUGGGGUAUGAAGGCUGGAACCAGAGCCCAAGAGGAAACAAGAAGGCCAGUGAAGGCCAGCAGGCCAAAGACAACCAGUAA